AUGGGAGAAAAUGCCCAGAGCAGUUCAAGCAGUAGCAAUCCCGUAAUAUCAGUUGGUAACAUUAGGGGAUUUGGGGGUUGUGAUUACGGGUCCUUUAGAAUGUCUAACGAAUUUUUAGGAUGGAAAAAUAAGAAAACAAAUAAUGUGUAUCAAUACAAAUGUAGUGAUAUUAGUGAAGCGGAAUGGAUCAAGACAAGUUACAAUAAUAACAGAUUACAUUUAAAAUUCAAAGAAAAUAAAGAUAAUUUAAUUAUAUAUUUUGAUGGUUUCCCAGAUAGAAAUACUACUGAAAUAACACAACAUUUUCAGAAAUAUUUUAAUGUCAGAUUAGUUAGCCGAAAACUAGCCACAAAAGGAUGGAAUUGGGGUGAAUUUAAUUUAGAGAAUGCUCAUUUAACAUUUGAUAUAGACAAAAAAUAUGCAUUCAGUAUUCCAACUAAUAAUAUUAAUCAGUUAAAUGUGCAAAUAAAAACAGAUAUUGCUAUGGAAUUAAAAAAUGAUGAAAAUAAAAGAACAAAUGAAGAUAUGUUGUCAGAAAUACGUUUUUAUUAUCCACAUGAAAAUGAUGAAAAUCAAAAUUUCCAGAAUUUAAAAAAUGAUUUAUUAGAAAAAGUUAAUAUGAGUGACUCAAAAAGUGAAUGUAUUGCAUCCUUAUCUAAUAUUCCUCUUUUAGUACCAAGAGGGAGAUAUGAAGUUGAAAUGUAUGCUAGAAGCUUUAAAUUACAUGGGAAGUCUUAUGAUUUUACUAUUCAAUAUACUAAUAUUAAUAAGAUGUUACUAGUUCCAAAGAGUAAUUCAAAUCAAUAUGUUUUAAUAUUCAGUCUAAAUAACAAAAUGAAACAAGGCCAAACUGAAUAUCCAUUUAUACUUAUUCAACUUAACAGUGAUGAUGAUAUGGAUCUAGAUAUAAAUGCAAAUGAUGAAGAUAUCAAAAAAUAUAAACUUGAAAAAACCAUUUCAGGAAAAGCUUACGAUGUUGUUACAAGACUUUUUACUUCACUAGUGAAAAAAAAUGCUAUCAUUCCAGGGGAUUAUAGAACUGCCAAAAAUGAACAUGGUAUUACAUGUAGUUAUAGAGCAGCCAGUGGACAACUAUACCCAUUAAAUAAGUAUUUUCUCUUCAUUGUCAAACCAGUCAUUUUAAUUUCGUUUGAAGAUAUUGUUACUUUAAGUUUUCAGAGAACUGGAAAUAUUAAUCAGCAUCGUUUUUUUUCUCUUAUUAUAAAACAUAAAAGAGGAAUAAGCUAUGAGUAUACUAAUAUAGACAAAAGUGAAUAUAUACCCUUGCUUGAAUUUUUAAAAAGUAAAAAUAUUAAUAUUCAAGAUGAUGCAAAUGUAACUGAUAAGAAACAGGACUUUGGUGAUGAGUUAUCUGAGUCUGAUGAAGAGGAGUAUGUUGCUGAUGACGAUGAUGAUGAUGAUGAAGAGGAAUACGUAGCUGAAGACGACGAUGACGAAGAGGAAGAAGCCGAGGACGAAGAGGAAGAGGAAGAGGAAGAAGACGACGACGAUGAUGAUAAGUAA